UUAUUACUUGCUUUCAGGUACAUAAGAUAAAAUUGUGAGAAUGUUUUGCAUAGAUUAAAUAGUAUGAUCAGUUUGUGAGAUUUGUACAGGAGUUGACCUCAACAGCGUCCCCUAGAGGCAAUAACACUCCUUGCCACAAACUCUGAAGACUCAAAGAAUCUGAAUGGGUUUUUGAAUGAGGUUUUAUUCGUCGCUUAUUGUGCUUUGUAUUUCAUUUUCACUUAUCUGACAGAGUGACAGUUCAAGAGAAAAUGAAUUGAUUCUCUAAAUAUCCUUUAAAUGAAUAAGAAAUAAAAAAACCUAAUAUUCUGAGGUUUUGUGAUAGAUCUUUUCUGACAUAAUUGUGCGUUAAGUAUUAAAAGGGCUUAUUUAUUAUAUUGCUCACCCUCCAUCCGUCAUAAAUUGGCUGUCUGAAAUCUCGCGAGACUUGAAAGUAGAGCGGCGAGGCGCCGUGAUCUCGCCGAGAGGCGAAGUGGAGAUAUUUGUAUUGCCGACGAGAGGAGGGAAGCGAUCGUUUCGCUGAGGGGGUGUGUAUGUGUAUGUAAGUGUGUGUAAGUUAGUGGGGCAACAAGCGCUGCGCGCGCAUAUGUAUAUGUGUGUGCAAGUAAGUAAGCAAGCAAGCUGGCGGAAUUUAACAUGGCAUCCGGCGAAACGCUGUAUAUUGAGACGGACGGCUCGGAGAUGCCGGCUGAAAUAGUGGAACUUCACGAGAUCGAAGUGGAGACCAUCCCGGUGGAAACGAUAGAGACAACCGUGGUCGGAGGCGACGACGACGAGGAUGAGGAGGACGAUGAGGAUGAGGAUGACGAGCACCAGCCCAUGAUCGCCCUGCAGCCGCUGGUAACAGAUGACCCGAGUCAGGUCCACCAUCAGGAGGUGAUCCUGGUGCAGACCCGGGAGGAGGUGGUUGGAGGGGACGAGUCCGAUCUGCGGACAGACGACGGGUUUGAGGACCAGAUCCUCAUCCCGGUGCCUGCUCCAGGGUCUGAGGAGGAGUACAUCGGACAGACUCUGGUCACGGUAGCCGGGAAGAGUUCCGUGGGCCGUAUGAAGAAAGGGGGAAGCAGUGGGAAGAAAGCGAGUAAAAAGUCGUACCUGAGCGCCAGCGAGGCCACCGGGAGAAAAUGGGAGCAAAAACAGGUGCAGAUAAAGACACUGGAAGGGGAAUUCUCCGUGACGAUGUGGGCGUCGGAUGAUAAAAAGGACAUUGACCAUGAAACAGUGGUGGAGGAGCAGAUUAUUGGCGAGAACUCGCCUCCAGAUUACUCUGAAUACAUGACUGGAAAAAAGCUUCCUCCUGGUGGCAUCCCGGGCAUCGACCUGUCUGACCCCAAACAGCUUGCAGAAUUUGCCAGUUACAAUAGCGGCUCUUUGGGUCGCGCCCCAGUACGAAUGAAACCACGAAAGGUCAAAGAGGACGACGCACCCAGAACGAUAGCCUGCCCCCACAAAGGAUGCACGAAGAUGUUCAGGGAUAACUCUGCAAUGAGAAAGCACCUCCACACCCACGGGCCCCGGGUCCAUGUGUGUGCAGAGUGCGGGAAAGCCUUCGUAGAGAGUUCAAAACUAAAGCGCCACCAACUUGUUCACACCGGAGAAAAACCUUUUCAGUGUACUUUUGAGGGCUGCGGGAAACGUUUCUCCCUGGACUUUAACCUCCGCACACAUGUGCGAAUUCACACCGGAGACCGCCCAUACGUCUGUCCUUUCGACGGCUGCAAUAAAAAAUUUGCUCAGUCUACCAAUCUUAAGUCUCACAUCCUGACACAUGCAAAAGCCAAAAACAACCAAUGAGCAGCUCUGUUCUGGAUUGUUUUUUUCUUUCACACCUGAAUCCAGCCUCAACGUGACAGCAUCUUAAAACACUGGAGGAAUGAACUGUGCGCUUCUGUAGUUCUCCUAAGGAGUGCGGAAACGACGACCCAAUGGAUUUGCGGUUUAAUCAUGGCAUAUUGUAAAAGACACAAAGUGAAACAUUGGAAACCCCUGUUUCUGAGCGUGUAUCCCUUACCGAGGAGCAGAGCACGGCCGUGUCCGGCCCAGCUGCUCGUCCCACGCUGUGAUGGUUUACCGCAGCCAGCAGAAUGAUGGCUCUCCUGGACACUCAUCUGUAGACGUUGCUAUUUACCACAGUAAGGAACAAGAACAUUUUGGCAGUUGCUUCAUUUCUUUUCACUAUUACAUACAUUUCACCAGUCUGCAUAGAUAUAGCUUUUAAUUUUGUAUUUUUCUCAAGUGUGCAUAUUGUACACUUAUUUUUGGAAUGUACUUAGUAUUGCAACCAUGUGAUUAUUCUUUAUCCCUGAGGACUUAAGGUUUUGCUUAGGGUGUGUUCUUGAAAGGGUGGUUAUAGUUACUGUAAGACAAUACUUCAAAAGUAUUUUAUGUAAAAAGAUAUCUUUUUGUUUGUUUCAUUUUGUCUUUGGUUGUAAUCUAACCAUUGAAUAACCUUGUAUAUGUGUAUUGUAUGGAUGUAUGAAGAUCUUGUAGAAAUGGGCAGCAGUGUGAUUUCAAGUGCUUUAAAGCAUUGUCAUCAGUUGCUUUCUUCUUUUGUUACACCGUCUCACAUGGCAAAGAAACCUUCAUUCACUUUUAAACCCAUAUAUUGAACCACAAUCUCACAAUAAACCACAAUGUGAGAGUUCAUUUCUUUUUGUUUUGUAAUGUAUUAUAAAUCAUGAAAUAUUCUUUGUUAAUAAUUACAUUGUCAUGUAUUUCAGUCAACAAUUAAACAUCAAUGUCUCAAA